GUACAAAAACUCUUUUGUAAUCUUUUCAUAGUACUAGACUUGUAAGUUAAUCCUUAAAAAAAAUGACUGGCUCAUCUAUUUGAUUGACAUUACUGUAUUUACAUUUUUCCUCCCACCAACAAAUCCUUGUAAUUUUUUUUUUUAUGAAUAAAAUCCUUGUAAUUUACAAGGCACUUUCAAGAGUUUAAAGGUUGGACUGAAAGCCCAAUCAGCAGGCUUUAACCCAUCAAUGAUUGGGCCGCGUGGGCUUGGAGCUAAUUACCCAGAAAUCCAUUACUACCCCAAAACGACGUAGUAGAGAAACGGAUAGGAGAUAUAGGAUAGCGUCCUCCAUUUCCCCCCCUUCUUCCAAGCUUUUUUUUUUCUCUGCGUGCGGGCAAGAGGUGUAAAACAAUGGCGUCCACCUCCUCCACACUCUUCUCCCUCUGCUCUUCCUUCAGUGCUCACUGCAAAAUUUCCCCUACGCCUUCCCUCUCAAAGCCCCUUUCUUUCACCAAGCCCAAUUUCGCGUCUUCCUUCAAGCUUCCUCAAAAGCUCGCCUUCUCAUCCUCGCCUUCCCUUCCCCAAUCUGCCACCGUGCCCAAAGUCUCCGAAAUCGACGCCCCCGCCGUCGCCGAGCCCGCAGCGACCCAGAUUGUGGAAGUUGCUAAGGAAGACGAGCCCAAACGCGAGGAGAUUUUUGCUGUUGUUAUGGUUGGUGGGAGGCAGUAUAUUGUGAUCCCGGGGAGGUUCCUCUAUGUUCAGAGGUUGAAAGGCACAAAUGUUAAUGAUAAGAUCGCCCUGAACAAGGUGCUGCUUGUGGGAACCAAGACGACUACCUACAUUGGGAAACCUGUGGUGACCAAUGCUGUUGUUCAUGCUGUAGUUGAAGAGCAGGGAUUGAAUAAGAAAGUUAUCGUCUUCAAGUAUAAGAAGAAGAAGAACUACAGGAGAAACAUUGGACACAGACAGCCAAAUACAAGAGUAAGAAUUACAGGCAUUACAGGCUUCGAGAACUACCCGGCUGUCACCCUCGACUCAAUUGCAAAAUCCAGUUGAUAAAGACCAGUAGCUGGAAGUUCAACAUGUCAAAGCAUUCUUUGAAGUUCUAUUUCCCUCUUUUCCCCUCCCCUGUUGUAUUACAACUCCUCUAUAGGGUAGUGCUGACGCUCAAUCUGCGAAUUACUGUUGUUUCAACAACAGACUGGAUCCGGGUUCUUAGAGUUGUUUCAAAGCCGAAUGACUUCUGCAAAUUAUGCUUCUAUGUAUGAUAUUUUGUAAGCAAUAGCUGCUGCUAGGCCCAUAGCUCAAAGUUUUCUGCUGUCCACUGUUUCAAUUCAGCAGUAGACUAGAAAUUUGGGUUUUAUAAUCUUCUUUUCGAAUACCCUAUUUACUCCCUUAUGCAAAUUGCAAAUCUAACUUCUAACCUUCUGUGUAAUGCUAGUAUGCUACUCAAACCAUAGCACUGUACCAAGAAGUAAAUUUAAUCUCCAUUCUUUCAUGAACGUAACUGCAAUCUUUGCCCAAUAUCCAAUAUCACACCAAUUUGAUCUGAUUCUCUAGACCAUAGCAGAACAAUCUCAUCUCGGACUGGACCGAACCAUUCCAACCACCCAACCUUAGCUAAUCAAGAUGCUUCAGCAUCAGGCAUCUCACAGCCUCUCACAGGAACAAGGGCACUAAAAUGCAAAUACAACAAAACUUGUACA